UUUAAUAUUAUUUUUAUUUUAAUAAUUGUAUCAUACUUGUGAUUGAGAAUUUGUGACUCAUAUUCAAUAACAUGGAUCAACUCAAAUGUAUGCGAUGUAACAAAUAUUUUAGUUAUAAAAGAACUCUAAAGCGACACUUGGUUACAUGCGGAUCCAAACAUCAUAAAAAUAUAAUUUCUAUAAAAUGUCCUGAUUUACGUUGUAGUAAGAUAUUUACCAACAAAAAAACUAUUGAAAGUGCAUAUAGAGAUUGAUCAUGGCGUGCAAUUGCAAGAAAAACAAAUAAGAUUUGCUUCUAUGCAUGAAUUCAAUGAAUGGAAAUCAGAAGUUGAAGAAAAUAUUUUAUGUGUUUACGUGUUAAGUGCUCGUAGAACUAAUUGUCAGAAUAAAAAGAUAAUGUAUCUGGAUUGUUGCCAAACUAGUAUUUUUGGUAGCACAUUAGAUAUCCGGAAUGUAAAAUGCCAAACUAAAAAUAUUGGUUCUACAUGCUCUUCGUCAAUGAAAGUAGUAACAGAAAAAAAUGGAACCAUUGUUGUAGACUUUUGUAUAACUCAUUUUGGUCAUGAUGUGAAUCUUGAUAGAUAUUAUUUUACACCUGAACAAGACCUACAAUACUUACAAAAUUUCUACAAACUUUAAGAAAAUAACAGUUUUUCUACGUCAACAAAUGAACAUGAUUUCAAUAAUGUUAAUUUUUGUUUUUCAAUACUCAUUAAUUAUGUUAAUUAUUAACAAUGAUAUGAGGCCUAUUAGUGUGUGCCUAGAGGAUGUAGAAAAUCAAGACAAG